UUGAGGUGAGCUGUGCUUACUGCUGCCAUCUCCGGUCGAGUUGGGUUAAGAUUUGCUUCUCAGGAAUCGCAAACACUGACAGGCUCACCUGAUUCACAUUUUGGACGGAUGAAAAGAUACAAGGAGAGCUCAUUUCAGAGCAGUUAACAAACAGCUACUCAACUCCUACAGAGGCGUUCAUCAUUUUAAGUGCCAACACAUUUUGGAGAACCUUUACCAAUUUUAUUCAAAACAGUCAUCUUUUCCUUUUGGACGAUGACGCUACAGGAAAACAUCUCUUUGCUGGUGUACCUAUUGUACACUGUUGUUUCGGUGCAGGGCGGUUGCCCGCGGCAUUACCCGUGCCCUGCCCCCCCUCCUUCAUGCCCGCCGGGUGUCAGCCUGGUCAUGGACUCCUGUGCCGGUUGUAAGGUGUGCGCCAUGCAGUACAACCAAGACUGCAGCCCUAGCAAGCCCUGCGACCACAUCAAGGGCCUGCGCUGCCACCUAGGGGCCGGAGGAGACCCGGAGACGGGCCUGUGCCGGGCUGAGGUGAUGGGUCGUCCCUGUGAACUCGACGGCCGGGUCUACCAGCACGGCGAGGAUUUCCAGCCCAGCUGCCAGCAUCAGUGCAGCUGCAUGGACGGUGUGGUGGGCUGCAUGCCCCUCUGCCCGCACCAGGUGCCCGUCUCGGACUGGCGCUGCUCCAGGCCCAGGCUGGCACGGCUGCCCGGGCGCUGCUGUGAGGAGUGGCUGUGUGACGACGACAACCGCGUCCAGGAGGACUCCAGGGAGGUUGACCGGGUGAUGCCGCCUCCGCAGCCCCGGCACCCCGACGUGGCCAGCAACGAGCUGCUGGUGGCCCCCACCCCCUGGGACUCAAGUGCUGGAGCCCCUCAGCAAGAGUGGAUCUCGUCCCCCCAGUCGCACGCCAUACUUCCCUCAACGUGCUUCCUGCAAACCACCGAUUGGUCACCUUGCUCAGCCACCUGUGGGAUGGGCGUAUCCAGCCGAGUGACCAAUAGCAACGCGGAAUGUCGGCUGGCCAGGGAGACGCGGCUGUGCCAGAUACGACAGUGUGACCUCGGCCUCAGCUCUUCCACAGAGCGGGCAAAGAAGUGCCAGCGCACAAUACGACCUCGCAGGCCCAUCCGGAUCACGUUCAUCGGAUGCUCUACUGCACGCCGCUACCGUCCUCGCUCUUGCGGCUCGUGCGCUGACGGUCGAUGCUGUGCGCCCUCCGUGACGCGCACGGUGCGCCUCCGCUUCCGAUGCCCAGCCGGCCGACAGGACUUCAGCCGCGACGUCAUGUGGAUCCAGCGCUGCCGCUGUGGCCAGACCUGCCGGAGUCAAGGGCCUGCAUCCCUGGGCCCCCUCAGCCUGCCCAACGACAUCCACACCUUCACCCACUGAGACCCACUGGGCCCCCUCAGCCUGCCCAACGACAUCCACACCUUCACCCACUGAGACCCACUGGGCCCCCUCAGCUUGCCCAACGACAUCCACACCUUCACCCACUGAGACCCACCGGGCCCCUUCAGCCUGCCCAACGACAUCCACACCUUCACCCACUGAGACCCACUGGGCCCCCUCAGGCUGCCCAACGACAUCCACAACUUCACCCACUGAGCCUCAUCAUUGCAGGACUUGGCAUCGUCCUACUAUUAGACCCUGUUCCUUUGGCUCGGCCUGCCCUCGUACCAAACUGAAGCUUCGUUCAGCUGGGGCAAGGGCACUGAUUCAGUGUUUUCUUUUUCAGGUGUUUUGUUUUGUACACAACCCUGCUUGGAGUGGCUGGCAACUCACAAUAUUCCACAACUAAAUCUCGGCAGCUCCAUUAAACCAGCGAUGGAUUAAAAUACUUUAAAGUAAAACAAAUGGUUGUUGCUGUAUGUGGUAAUGGUGACUUGGUAAAGGGGUACAAGGACAAUGCGAAAGGUUCAACUCAAUCUCAGACACAUUUCUCUGUUUUGAGGAGACAUGUUAAGUAGCAUGAUCUUUCUUUGUGGUAAAGGUGUUUAUUUUCCAUUUUGUUUCUUUUCUGUACAUGACCAAUCUGUGACCAAUAACGUGCAUCCUUUUAUGAAAGAUACAUUUCCAAUGAACAUUGUGAUGGGUGAGAAUGUAAAUACGUGUGUGGUCUCGGUUCAUAAUUAGAAAAAUGAAUUGCAACGGUCCUUCGUAGUGGUAACUUGUAAAUAUGUAUUUAAUGUUCUUUGUACAGUCUGGCAUUGUUCAUUUGUUAAUCAUUGAGUGUGUGUGUGUGUGUGUGCGUGUGUACUUUGUAUAUUGUCUAUUUGUACAGACUUCACCCAUGAUGGAGUGUCAUGUUUUGGAUAUCACCUCCUUUUUUGAGGUGCACAGAAUAUAGUGAGUGGAGCAAUAAUUUAAUAUGUUAAUUUAUGUAACUUUAUUUUAAUUAAUAUAUUCCUUAGAUGUCUUGUUAUGGAAGUGCCUCUUGUAAAA